AUGACCUCCCGACUAACGCCAUUGCUCACGGUUGCUGGCAUCUCGGUUUGCGGGCUCGUCGCGUACGCCAUCUACUUCGACUACAAGCGGCGGACAGAUACUACUUUCCGCAAACAAUUGCGUAUGGCCACCUCGUUUUUCCCACCUCUUCCAAAAUUUGCUGACUGGGAUGAAGGAAAACAAAAGAAACGCGUCGACAAGUCUCUAGCGCAGUCGCGCGAGGCUCUGGAAGCCGCCAGUCAUGUGUCUGACGACGAAUUGCGGGAGGCGCUGAAACAAAUCGAGGCGGAGACAAAACCCGGGCCAGACCUGAGGGAGAACUACUUUAUGACCCAGGUCGCUAUGGGAGAGCAGCUUGCAACUAGAGGCGAAGCAUUCCAUUUAACCGCCGCAUUGUCUUUCUACCGCGCCUUAGCGGUCUAUCCCUCCCCGCCAGAACUUCUGGCUAUCUACCAAAAGACGGUCCCAGACGAGAUUGUCAAGCUCAUUCUGAGGCUGAUAAAUUUGGACGUGAGUGCAUCAUCUGGAGCAGAUCUUGGAAUCGACGAUGUUGGCGAUGUGAGCCCUACCAGGGGGCCACCGUCAGAGACAUCGUCUCAGGAGUGGGACAAGCCACUCCAUAGUUUGCCUCCGCUCCGCACGAAUCCUCUUUCUAAUAUCAUUUCUUUGCUUUGCGCUUUCGCUCUUGGCCAGUUAACCGACAAAAUUGGAGCAUAUUAUGAGGUCUUCCCCCCGAAAUCCGCGAAUGUGACUAUACAAUCGCGGCCUGAAGCACCAGUGACCUUCGGCCCUGAAAAAAGCAUUGUUUUGACCAAGGACGUCGCUGCUGGCGACGUCAUCUACAAAGAAAACCCAAUGCUCACCUGCUUGGACUAUGACUUGCAACACGCAGGCACCCAUUGUAUCCAAUGCUUCUGUACCAUAACAGCUCCCGAAACGUUGCUGCGAAAACAAGAUGGCAUACUUUCCUUUUCACGCUUGACCCUCCCCCUGCCUGCUAUCGUCGAACUCGGGGGCCUCGCAAUGUCGCCAGCAACUCUGGAUGCUCGAAGGGAAGCCCAAGCACAUCUUUCAGCCUAUCUCAAGAAAGACAGUCGUGCUGGGGCCCUCCUUGUCGCACAAUUCAUCGCCAGACAACUGACCGCUGUGUCCAAAGAAGCCUCGGCAGCCCCUGAUUUUGCUGGUGCCGACAUUGCAGAAUAUCGUAUUGAGGACCAUGUAGAGAGAUGGACAACAGGGCCACUCACCCCGCCAGAGCAGGAAUAUGAACUGCUGGUCUCGAUGCUCAAGACGACGUUGCCCGGGCUGGAAGCAUUCCUCGCUGAAGACAGCCAUAAGUCACUUCUUGGAAAACUUGUGUUCAACGCGUUCGGUGUGUGCUAUGGCGAAAAGGGGAGAGACGACCGACCUCCAUCGACUCUCCGUCCAGAAGAAACCGAGCUAACACGUACGCCGUUUGGGACGGCACACCAAGUUGGCACAGCGGUCUACUCCAUCUCUUCUUACCUCCCGCACUCUUGCGCUCCCAACGUCCGCCCUGUUUUCGCCUCUGAAACAAACGAGCUCACCGUCAUCGCCAACAAGGACAUGAAGAAGGGCGACGAGCUUUCGAUGGCGUACGUCAUAGUUGACCCGCAACCGGAGGAGAGCAUCGUCGACUGUCGGCUGCGGAGACGGAAAGAACUCGCGCGGGGAUGGAAAUUCGCAUGCCAAUGCGAGAGGUGCAUCGCGGAGGUCAUCAGUCCGUAA